AUGCCAAAAUCUAAAUGUUCUGAAAUUGAACACCAUGAGAACAAUCAUUUCAAGAAGAGGAAAUCCAGAAAAUGGAUGUGGACUUCACCCAACAUGCAGACCAAGAAUGCUAUUGAUUUCGUUUUAUCAUCCGGCGAAUCCAUAUUCUUAGACGUUGAUAUCAUCGACGGUUCAAAUUCGUUAGUGAUCAUCGACUUGUUAUGGCUAAUAUUCGUCCAGAAAGCAAACAUCAUCGAUUUCCAGGAAAACUUGAAAAGUGAAAUAAAAGCGGUCCCUGAUACUGCUAGAUCGAAAGUUCCGAAAAGGUUCCACUUUUCUGAAACUACAAGGGAACUAUUUGAAAAAUUACGUCUCCUUCUGCAGCAGCACCCAGUAAGAAAUACAAUCGAAUUCUCCAUGGUCAAUAAAUUAUUAUAUUACGUCGCUCACUGGAAUCUGAUCUCGUGCAGAAACAUCUUCCGCCUCUACAGUAGGCUGUCUCGAAUGGAUUCAGCCUUCGUAGAGUAUUACAAGAGAGGAGGAUUUGCAAAACGACAAACGCCUACUGCUGUCGCAUUUUUUGUUCAAGUAUUCUACAAUGAACUGUUAACUUCAACAAUGAGAGCCAUCACCACUCUCACACAAAUGAAGAAUUUUGAGGAAGUGCCACAAAUUUUGCCCAGAGGAAUCGAGCAUGCUAUCGAAACGAUGAAGUUAGGGAAAAAACUAGGACUGUCCACGUAA